GUCCCAUAGCAACGGUAACUAGGCAACGAGACGCUCCAACAGAAGAAGCCACAGAAAUCGCGUUUUUUCAUUCACAAUUGACAAUUUAAGAUUAAAUAGUUGUUUUAGUUUUUACAUCUUUGAGUGUAGAAAAUUAGAUAAGAGCUAGUGUUGUGGUCGUUGUUUUCAGUUACUUUAACCCUAAUUGCGGAAUUUGUUAUCUUUCGUGGCCUACUCUCAGGCUAACGUUUGCCUUUAGCCGUGACUUAGCGCCCUCAACAAGCCUUCAAGAAGGCCAAGUGGUGUAAAAUCAACCAGCAGGUAUGGAUAAUGAUGAAGAGGAGGAAAUGAGUCAGAGGAAGAGCGGAAAGGACAAAGAAGAUGGUGUUGGGGUCAGGAGAGAGGAAACAGACUCCGACACACUGAAAGUGACCGCGGAGUCUCAAGUCUACACUGCAACCAGAGACACACUUUUCCCAAAGAAGAUAACUCAUACUAGAACACAUGCACUGUCACUAGACUGGGUCUUUGGGAUGAACCCUGCUCUUCCUGUCGUCAGUCUGCAAGACCACGAUCGGCUGGUGGUCCUCUAUGCUGGAGCUCAUGUUGGCAUCAUAUACAAUCACACCUCAAACUCUCAGCACACACUUCAGGGUCACUCCAGCCCUAUUUCAUGCAUGUGUGUGAGUGAAGACAGACGCUGGAUUGCGACAGCAGACCAGGGCCCAGAAAGCACAGUGAUGAUAUGGGAUUCCUACUCCGGUAUUCCUGUGCAUACAUUGUUUGAUUGCCACCCUGAGGGGGGUGUCAUUGCAAUGGCGUUUUCAAGGGACACAAAACAUCUGGUAACCAUCGGAACUGGAAAAGUUCAAUGUGUGAGUAUUUGGGAUUGGACAAAUGACACAGAAAAGCCUUUGUGGUUUACUGAACUCAGUCCUACACAUGGUUUUCAAGAUUACAUAAUUUUUAAUCCAAAUGAUAGUACUCAGCUGCUCAGCAACAGUAAAAGCCAAGUGUUACUUUACAGCACAGCCCAGGGAAGUUUGCAAUACUUUGCCCUGAAGAUUUGCACGCUCUAUAAUGCAGCCCCCAGUGUAUUUGAUGCUCCCGCAUUUCCUCACCCUUCUCCUGACUGCUCUCACAUUGUCAAAAUGGUUACCGGGUCAUUCAACCAGUCUGUGUUUCAUUGGAAAAAGCUUGAGGUCCUAACAGCCACUGCAGCAGGCAGCAUAGUGGUGUGGCAAGUGAUGGAAGACUUGGCUGCAAACCAAUGCUUGACCAAAGAUAAUGUCCAGGUUCUUUCCCUUCAGGAAGAUCCAAUCACUGUGCUCGCUAUAACUGACAGCUGUAUCGUAACUGGUGACACCCGAGGACAUAUCAACUUUUACAAUGAAAACUUCAUGCUCCUGACUUGGUACAGAGAAUUCAACCUUGAUGCUAUUGUUUCCAUUUCCUUUUCCAAAGAGUGUACAGAUGGAUAUCUGGAGGACUGCACACUGGAGGCCAAACCAUUAAUUAUCAGGAACUUUGUUGUGUCCACAGCCAGCUCCAAAGUAGUACAUGUAGAUGCUCAGACAGGCAUCCCUGAGAUCCUGAUACAUGAGAACUGUGAGCCUCUACAUGCAAUCGCCUGCCACCCCAAAAGGCCAGAUGUGGUCAUGGGCAAUCAAAGGGGCAUUUUAAAAGUGUGGGACUAUGACCGCAAACUGACCAUCUGCAGCAGGGCUUUUGAGACAGAGGAACAGAUUCAGUGUAUCACAUUUGACCCUCAAGGACUGUACCUGGCUGUCGGCUUUGGCAGUGGAGCUGUUCACAUACUGAAUCCAACGACUUUGCAAAGUCAUCCAGAGGAGUGUUUCCAUUACACUAAAGACGCCAUCCAUCACAUCACUUUCUCCUCAGACUCUAACUACCUCGCCACUGCGGAUGCCGGAAAAGCCGUGACAGUGUUCCGCUUGCAGACUAAUGAAGGCUCAUUGCCUCGUUGGACAUAUCUGGGCAGAUACCGUUCCCACUACAAACCCAUCAAAGAUCUUCUUUUUGGGGUGCACUUGGACAGCACCCAGCCCAGACUGCUUUCUCUGGGCAUGGACCGCCGACUGGUGGAGUAUGACCUGGAAAAGAGUGAUGUGAACCAGCUUGUCAUUUUAAGCUCGGAGCGCGUUGAGCAAAGUGCAGUGCCAAUGUGCAUGACCUGGUAUCCGCCCCUCUCCGCAGAGCAAUUUCUUCUCAUUGCUUCAGACCAAUACAAGAUGAAGCUUUUAAACAGCACCACCAAGAUGUGUAGAAAGACUCUCCUUGGCCCGACAUAUAGAACUCCUGUUAAGAAAAUAGCGGUUCUUCCUUUCUCUGAAGACCGUGAGACAAGCUCAUAUUACAUGGUAUUCAUCACAGACAACAAGGUGGGUCUCCAGAUUCUGCCUGUGGAUGGGAACCCCUACAAGUCCAACGCUUUGAUCUGCCAUCCGUGGGGGGUGUCUGCUUUUGCCUGUUCCUACGACGGCCGAUUUGUUUUUACGGCAGGGGGAUUCGACUGCACUGUCCUGUCAUGGGAGAUGAGCUUCAAUGCGUUGGAGGCAGCAGCAUCCUUGGGUGGAAAGGACAUGGCACCCUUUUACACUCUUCUAGAGGGAGGCAGAGAUGGAAAGUUCUACAGGGAGAUGGAGGACUUUUUCUAUUACUUCCAGGUCCGCCAUCAAGGCAUCGACUCAAUGAAGAAACGUCAAGUGUCUACCAAAAUUCCUCUUACAGAGGUUCCCUCCCUGAUGAGGGCUUUGGCCUACUUCCCUACUGAGCAGGAGAUAGAAGACAUGCAAAAUGAGGUCAAGUUCAGCAAAUAUGCUGAAACAGGGAAAUAUGUGACCGACAUCGACCUGGAGGAGUUUAUCAGGUUGUACGUCAACCACCGGCCAGCCUUUGGCAUCUCCAGCAAUGAACUCUGUCAAGCUUUUCACAUCCUUGGUAAGCGUGGUAGUACAGGACGGCCUGUUCUGCAGAGACAUAAGCUGCUGGAGCUUCUACAGGUUCGAGGGGAACCCAUGACGGAGGAUGAGGUGGCUGAGUGUUUCACUACACUUCUUGGCCUCAGUGAAGGAAAAGAAGAAGGGGAAAGUUCUGAGCACGACAUUCAUAAAUCUGACGGUGGAGAUUCAGAAUAUUCUCUACAGAGUGCGAUCCCAGAUGAGAUAUCAAUGGAGACAUUUACAGGUUACAUCCUGGGCUUCCCAUCGUCAGCACAGCAGGAUGGCAGGCCUUUUCCUCUCCAGAGUGAACAACAAACUGUCGGCUCAACUCUGGGAGCUGAGUCAUGUUGACAAUGAGCCUUUGACUCUGCUGCUCUGUUUAAGGUUGUUUUUUCAUUACAUACCUUCACAAAAAUGCUGUAAUUUUAUGUAUCUGAAGGUGAAAUAAAAUGAAUAAAGUGGUGUCAUGUUA